UCUUCACACGCGUUAUUUCUUUCCCAAUCCACCUCCCUAUUUAAAUCACAUUUUCUCCACAACUGCCCAGAAUUCUCCCCCACCGUCACUUCCGGUCAUCCACACAGGACUUCCGUGCUCAUCUCAAUUGAAACGAUGGAGGCUGAUGAAGCUCAGAAAUCGGAAGCGGGUUUCCGACGACUAGGGUUCUGCUGCGAAUCGAUGACGGAGGUGAUUUUGGGGUUCUCUCCAACAACCGGUAUACCUUUGAAUGCCCCGUUUUUACCCAGAUCGAACGGUUGACGAUUCUGCAAGGUUGAAGCGGUUUUCGGCGGAGAUAAUCGCCACCCACUGAUUUCGCUGGAGGAUAUUGUCUUGAUGUUUACGGUUUGAUCUACAGGAAUGGAAGAUGAUAACGAUUCGGAGCAUGUUACGAGGAGUCCUUCAUUCGGAGAGAAUGAAUUUGUUCAUGGCGAAGGCUAAGCUCGAGAAAUCGAUGGUUGCUGAUAAUGAAUCUGGUAAGAGUAUUCAGAGUGAGGUUCGAACGAGCUCGGGCAUGUUUCUUAACAAAGCUCAGGGCGAAGGUAUGCUCUACGUGUGGUGGCAGAGGUCAAGUUAUGAGAUUCAAGAUUUGUGAUGAAUUCCCUUCUUGCAACAAACUAUAUUGUGAUAACACGACAAUACAUAUUUUAAAUUGCGCAACGCGCGACAAUGGAUAACACAAUACAUAUUGUAAAUCGCGCAACGCGCGACAAUGAAUAACACUAGUUUUUACAAU